GAAUAUUAGGUUUCUAAUUAGGACCCACAUUUGUUUCCCUGCCUAUAAAUUUCCCGUCAAACACAUGCAACAGAAAAACACAUAAACACGUUUAUGAGAUAACACAAAGCGCAAGAACAAUCCUUGUUGAUUGUUCAACAUUUUCAAGCCUAUACACACACCGACACACGAAAAAACACGUAUAUACAUAAACACAUACAUCUAUGGAUCAAGGAGGUCGUGGUGGCGGAGCCGAGCAUGGAAAGUACCGGGGAGUUCGGAGACGGCCUUGGGGAAAAUAUGCAGCGGAGAUACGAGAUUCGAGGAAGCACGGUGAACGUGUGUGGCUUGGAACGUUCGAUACAGCGGAAGAAGCGGCUAGAGCCUAUGACCAAGCAGCCUACUCCAUGAGAGGCCAGUCCGCAAUUCUAAACUUCCCUCAUGAGUAUAACAUGGGGAGUACUGGCGGCUCUUCUUCCACCGCUAUGGCUGGAUCCUCCUCCUCCUCUGCCUCCGCUUCUUCUUCUUCUAGGGAAGUUUUUGAAUUUGAGUAUUUGGAUGAUAGUGUUUUGGAGGAGCUCCUUGAGGAAGAAGAGAAGCCUAAGAAGGGCAAGAAGAAGUGAGUGAUACAUGAUCAUUUCUAACGAAAGUGACAAAGUAUAAGAAAUAAUUAGUAUGUAUGAAAAGAAAUUAUAUAUUGCAGUGAUCUUAUGAUCAUGAUUCGAGCACGAAUCUAUUUUUGGAAUGAAAUCGACCGAUUGAUGGUCUUAGUUAUUUUUCGAAACUACAUAUUUGAUAAUAGUGAGAUUAUCUGAGAGCAUCCUUUGAUAUGUCAUUAGAUCAUGAUGAUUAAUAAAAAAUAUAGCAUAUGCAGUUACUAUUCCUUUUAGUGACAUAUUUUACGUUUC